AUGGCUGCCCAAUAUCACAAACGUAAAUAUCAAGUGUUAAUACCUGAAGAAGCAAUUUUAGAAAAAAUGACUAAUACUAAACAGCAUCGACAACUAAGACAACAAAAAAAAAAUGCGACUAUUUCUGACUUACAGAGAAGCAUUAUUAUACUCAGAAAUACUUCCA